UUCUCUCAAAAAUCCUCACUAAUUUUCCUACCAAAUUUUUUUUCUCACAUUUUUUCCCCCUAAAUAUUUUUUGGGGGUAUUUUUUUUAUACAAGUAAAGAAAUAUACGCCAUGAAUGCUGUUGCUACUGCUUCUGCACUUUCUCUUCCUAUUUUUCAUAGUCGCCCUUUUAAAUUUAAUCCUAAAAAGGUAAAAGGCAGCAUUGGAGUGUUUGCUGUUUUUCGGGAGGAUGGAGAAUCUGUAGACAAAAAGAGUACAUGGGGGACACUCUUCAAUGUGGAGGAUCCAAGAACUAAAGCACCACUAUAUAAAGGAAAAAUAUUGGAUGUGAAUCAAGCGUUGGAAGUGGCAAGAUUUGAUAUCCAAUAUUUGGAUUGGCGAGCUCGGCAGGAUGUCCUUGCAAUAAUGCUGCUACACGAAAAGGUUGUUGAGGUACUAAACCCUCUUGCUCGUGAGUACAAGUCCGUUGGCACAUUGAGAAAAGAGCUAGCAGGGUUGCAAGAUGAGCUUGAACAGGCUCAUAAAAAGGUUCAUAUUUCUGAAGCACGGGUGUCAGCAGCUUUAGGUAAACUAGCUUACAUGGAGGAACUGGUUAAUGAUAGGUUGUUACAAGACAGAACCACGACUGAAAUCAAUCAACCACCUGCUUCGACAAGUACCUCCAUACAGCCCCUGCAACCAACUAAGAGGAAGCCGUCUCGUAAAACCUUAGAUGUAUCAGGUCCUGUCAAAUCUUAUCAUCCCAGCCUGAAGAAUUACCCUGUUGCCUUUUCUGCAGACUUGAAGGAUGGCACUAUGAUCCCAAUGGACUGCUUUGAAGAACCAUGGGUCAUUUUCCGGGGGAAAGAUGGCAAACCUGGUUGUGUUAGGAACACCUGUGCACACAGAGCGUGCCCUCUUGAUUUAGGAUCUGUAAAUGAGGGUCGCAUUCAGUGUCCAUAUCAUGGGUGGGAAUACUCAACAGACGGAAAAUGCGUGAAAAUGCCAUCUACCAAGUUACUGGAUGUUAGGAUAAAAUCAUUGCCUUGUUCUGAGCAGGAAGGAAUGAUUUGGAUUUGGCCUGGCAAUGACGCUCCUACUGCCUCCCUUCCUUCACUCUUACCUCCUCAAGGGUUUGUAAUCCAUGCAGAGAUCGUGAUGGAACUUCCAGUUGAACAUGGACUACUUCUGGAUAAUCUUCUGGACCUUGCACAUGCUCCCUUCACGCAUACUUCCACAUUUGCCAAAGGAUGGAGUGUUCCAAGCUUGGUGAAAUUCUUGACGCCAUCAUCUGGACUUCAAGGCUACUGGGACCCUUAUCCCAUAGAUAUGGAGUUUAGACCACCUUGUAUGGUGCUUUCUACAAUUGGUAUAUCUAAGCCAGGAAAACUGGAAGGACAAAGUACCAAGCAAUGUGCAACGCAUCUUCAUCAGCUUCACGUGUGUUUACCUUCAUCAAAACAGAAAACAAGAUUGCUUUAUAGAAUGUCACUAGAUUUCGCUCCAAUAUUGAAGCAUGUUCCCUUCAUGCAACAUCUAUGGAGGCACUUUGCAGAGAAGGUAUUGAACGAAGAUUUAAGACUUGUGCUCGGACAACAAGAACGCAUGAUCAAUGGAGCCAACAUCUGGAACUGGCCUGUACCCUAUGACAAACUCGGUGUCAGAUAUAGGCAAUGGAGAGAAGCAGUCGACCGAGGAGAAAAACGUCUCCCCUUCACCGAUUGAAGUACUCGGGAGGAUACUCCAACGUAACAUACUGACGGCUCGACUUUACUCUUCCAUUAAAAAACAAAACACUGGCCUCCCCUUUCCAGUGCUCGGAAAAAUGAUCGAUUGACUAUCGUAAAGCGUGGGUUGAGGAUUUGAGGUUUUUCAACCUCGGAAAAGUGGAAAUUGUCAACAAUGUGAGGCAAAGUCUAUAGCAUGUUUGUUUAUUCUGCGAGAUGUACAGUUUCAGUGCUAAAUUCAAUAAUUCAUUUUCUUUCCCCCCUCUUCACCGCCCUUUCGGCUACCCUAAUUUGGAAGCCAAUUAUAUGUCCGAGUGACUGUAAUUUUGCACUCUUUAGGAUAGAUGAAUGUAUGUAUAUUAACCCCCUCUUUUUUUUCUCUUUGAAAUGUAAUUUUUGUGAAGAAAUUUCAGGAUGAACAUGAUGGACCAAUAUUAUACAUCAA